CUCGGGUCCAAUCGUUUCAUUAUAACUUCGGUCCAAAGCGCGCACCCGACAGCGGAGGAAAAGAGAGCACAGAAGGCGGCAGAGAGACAAAUAUAGCCCAAUUAACCGAUUAUUUUGAACCCCAGCACACAAAAUACAGCCAGGAUGUCAGAGGAAAAGCCAAAGGAGGGAGUAAAGACUGAGAACGAUCACAUCAAUCUUAAGGUUGCAGGGCAAGAUGGGUCGGUGGUCCAGUUCAAAAUCAAAAGACACACACCGCUCAGCAAACUGAUGAAGGCAUACUGUGACCGACAGGGUCUCGCAAUAAGGCAGAUCAGGUUCAGGUUUGACGGCCAGCCUAUCAAUGAGACGGAUACACCUGCACAGCUGGAGAUGGAAGAUGAAGACACCAUAGAUGUUUUCCAGCAGCAGACAGGCGGACACUGCUAAGCCUCCACCCCACCACCACCCUAAUUGACGGCCACCCUCAGACCACACCCUCAGCCACCUUCACUGUCCCUCCCCUUCCCACCGCUCCUCUCAGCCUACUAUUAUUAUCUUUAUUAUUAUUAUUAUUUCAGUUGAGAUAUCUGUCAUGGUUCUUCGUCAGGUGUGUGAGGGGAGGGGGCCCCUCAGCUGUUUAUGUACUGUCACAGCCAGGACUGAACUUUUGUGCGUGUCAACAGUCUCUCUGCUGGCCAAUCAGGACAACCUUUCCUUCUGACACCGCAGGCUGCGAUUGGACCAUCAGCGCGUCACAUGUGUUCCUGGUUUGUCAGUGCUUCUCAUUCACUCCAGUGAAAGCUUAGUAUCUGGUAUAUUGUCACAGUUUUCAUCCAUCAGGGUCGAAUGCAAGUUUUUGUCCGGGGUCACACUCAGUAGGCAUGGAAAUGUUGUGAAGUGGAAGCACCAUCUGAACUUAAUACACACCCGCCUUCCAUUUCACUUCGCUUUCAUGUGUGUUUUUUUUUAUAUCUGAACGGUGACUCCUGCUCUUCUGUCAAGAAAGGUAUUUUGAUUCUCUGCAUUUUAGGUGCUUUCGCUUAAGAGUUCUGCAAUGUUUGUUUGUUUUUUAAUUGUCUUUUAACAAUUACCAUGCAGGAGGCUUGUUGAUUUUCUGUAUACAGAAGUCUCAGAGUGGAUGUUAGAUUAAGUUUUGGGGCUUGGACCAAUACUCCAAAGAAUGAACUUCUGUUUUAUAUUUGAUGUACUUGGAUCACUGUAGAAGCAAAUUGCAAGGUCUAACCCGUCACAUUUUAAGGGAGUUUGUAUUUAAUUCAUGUUAUUUGCUUCCUUUUUCAUUGAGAAAUCUUCUCUGGGUAUCCGUGGUUCAGACUUUUAUUCGCUCAUCCAGACAAAAGCCUGUUUAAGUGAGGGAAAUGUUAUUUAUCCUUUGCUGGAACUGGUUGUGGUCUAUCUUUGUAACGAUGGUCUCUUAAUGUGGAAUACAUGACUUGUCUUCCCCCUUUUUCUGAUUAAGCUGGUCAAUGGCCAGUCCCUAAUGGUAUUCUUACAAUUGGCUCUGCUUGUGUGUUUUACAUUUUGGGGGUAAUAACUGGAAGGUUGUUACUCAAUGCUGUUCUUGAGUCUGCAUUGUCUUUGAGAAUGUAGACUCAUGAGAAAACUGAUUCUAAAUGUUUUUGAAGAAAAGCAGCUCCUAGUUUGAGAGCGGAUAUCCAAUAAAAGUCAGUUUCUGCCAACUCAUUUUGAAGACACUUUUCACUGCUUUGUCAGAAAUCAACCUAUUUUCUUUUGUUUAAACGCUUAAGGCAAUCGGUUCAAAAGCCUGACUUCAGAUCUGCAAACAAUCUUAGGUGGUGAUGAGUUUGUUGCAAAUUGGGAGGGCAACCAAUGCAGUUUGGGAGAUAAUUGUUCUGUACCCACAUGGCCCCGUUCUUCGUACACCAUUACAUGAGAUUGCUUGUAAUUGUUGAUGCCCUGACCUGAAUUUGGGUGUCUCAGUUCAGUCGGGAAAAUAUGUUUUUUGAAGCAAGUAGUCCACAAGAUUAUUUUCAGAGUGAGUUGGAUCAUGACAAACCAUUUUUAAAUAUUCCAAAUGUAAUUUGUUUUCGGAAUUUCAUGUGUUCAAGUCGCCGCAAGAUACGUUUCCAUAACCUUGGAUGUAGUUUUGCUCAGCCACACUAGAAAGGAGCUUUCUUUUUUUCGGUAAUUAAAUUGUAGUCCAAAUCAUGUGUCAGCUGUAUUUUUGUAUGCAUUCUAUAUGAAUAAAAACUAAAUGCCAAACAUUAAACGUUUUUAAUUAACAUAUAACAUCACUGUUUGAAAAGCUUGACUGUUGACACAUGCUCAAAUGUUCACUAACACAUUUUAAGGACAAACUGUCAUCCUUCCUACAGUGAUUAACAAGCAUUUGACAAGCUAGGUUGGUACAGAGUUUUUUUUGUUGUCAAGCACAUCAAGUAUUGGUCCUGGUUUUAGCUUUUCAUUCACAAAAAAAGCAGAGUUAUCAGGACAGCCUUCCACUUGCAUUUGAAGAACUUAGUUAGCAGGACUAAGAUAUGUUAAGCUUGGCUAACAUGAGCUAAGCCUUGUCAUGUACGAAGAACUGGGCCCGCGUCUUGUCAUGCUAUUUGUUUCUCUACUGAUUUGUACAUUAUUUGUGGUCUUUUACUACUGUAUACAAUAAAUAUAGUUUGGUACUCAGA